CGAAGACGCGAAGAGGCUGGCCAACGACGUGACAUCGUCCAAGGAGAAGCUGAAUAAGCUGGUGAGCAGGCUUCAGAAAAAAAUGAUUCUUGUUACCAGGGAGAGGGACAGCUACAGGCAACAGUUGGACUGGUACGAGAAAGAGCUGACGAUGGACGGUAACAAUGCGAUGGCCGAGAGAAUACCGGCUCUGGAACGCGCUAUAGACGGUUACAGGGAGUUGGUCAGCAAAUUGGAAGCGGAUCUCCAAGCGGCCGAGGACGUUGCUCAGAGGAACGAAUGCAAUAGACUCAGAGAGGAAAUCGAGCAGUUGAAAGGCGAGCUCGAGCAUCGCUCGCUGAAGGGCGACUUCAACAGCAACGCUCGAGUGUUGCACUACACGAUGAAUCCCGCGGCGAUAGCGGAGAAACAAGCCGAGGAGAAGCAGGCGGCUCUGUUGCAAGAGUUGGAAGAGCUCCGAGGCAAGGUGACAACGGGAAAUUUUGGGACAACCACGUCGUCGUUACACGCACAAGAAAUCGCGGAGCUGAAGCAAACGCACGAGAUAAAGAUAGCGCGUUUGAAGGAGGCGUUCAAGGCAUCGUCGCAAGAGUAUCGCCAAGCGUGUUAUCAGUUCUUCGGUUGGAGAGUGGACCGCUCGAAAGAAGGCUGUUACAAACUGAUGAGCCAGUACGCGGAAUCCCCUGAAGAUUUUCUUUCCUUUCACGUAGGAGAAGAGGGUGUCGACCUGUUGCAAACUCCAUACUCCACGAACCUGAACAGUCUGAUCGAGCAAUAUCUGCAAAAACAGCACAGUGUACCGAUGUUCCUCAACGCUUUGCAGUCCGACCUCUUCAAUCAUCAAACUGUGACAAAUAUCGUGACGUAAUUUCGUUCCGCGUUUCGAAUAAGAUUAGCUUUUUCCAUUAGGUCGACUUAUAGAUCUCUCGGCCUGGUGUGUACGAUAAUGCCGUAUCAUCCGUUUCGCCACACAUGCGUCCAUCUUCUUGUAUCUAUAUAAAUCUCGAUAUUUUUCUUCAUACGCGGGAGAAAAAAAUGAUAUUUGCCGUUUUAUUAAUACGACUCGUGAUUAAUUUGACGUAGUCUGUAAAUGUUAAUAAUCGUACGCAGUAAUAAUGAUAAUGAUCGUUUGCAGUAAAAAUUUGUUCGAACGCGUAAUUUUCGCGAUCGGUACGUAGACCUAUUCUAUCCUGCGUCGAUAAGGGAUAUUCCGUAUUACCUAUUGUUACGAAGGUCGUCUGCAAUUCAACGUGCAUCAUUACGUUUUACCGUCGUAUUUCAUAUUUUACUAACGAUUACGUUAGAGCUUUGCGACAAAAUUGGAUUUUUUAAUAUAAUUUUGUAAUAAAGAUAUUAAUCAUAUAGCAAGCCGUGUUGUACGUAAUGAGCGUCCUAAAGCAAUCACAGGCUGUCCCGAGAGAAUUCGAAGAAACUGAAAAUAUAGACUUGGAAAACUUUCCGUAUUCUGGCGGAACUUUUUCAUCAAUUAAAAGUAACGCCGAAACACAAAGUUUACAAUCCUUAAAUUAAGUUAAUACAAGUUCGAAACAAAGCUUCGCGUUUGAGAUAAUUCCUGAAAAAUCUUCAACAAAUGUGCGAUCGAACGAGAACGCGUUAAAGAUAAACUCCGUCUGUCUUCCUUUAUUAUUUUUUAAUUCAUUAAUUAAGAGAAAAUUGUAGAUAUUUUGAAGCAAAAUUAUCGUGACUCGAUCAUCGCCUGAAACUCUGGCUUCCCUGGUUUCAUCGGCUCCUACGUGAAUCCACCACCCAUCUCCCUCAUCGCUAUCGAAGUAUCGUACAGCACCCUGAUGACGCCCCCUCGUCCCCGAUUCCACGAUCUACGUUAAGGAAACUCGCGGAACUCUUAUCGCGCGUAAAAAUCCUGUGAGAGGACGUCGAAGUUGAAAAUCGCGUCGAGCCAUCGGCGGCCGUCCCCGUGGGAGACGUUACCACUCGGCCGCGCUCGUACGUGCCCAGAAAAGGGGAGGCCCGUCCCAGAAGAGCGAUUUCCAUUGCUUUGUUCGGCGAAGGAGCUGCGACGGUGGUCUUCAUUAGUGACUAAGCCACUAUAUGGAACCUCCGCCCACUAUAUGUGAACAAAUGUGCACCUAUACGCUCCCAAAAUUUAGCAUCAUGUGUCUCUGUAUGUGUGUAUGUGUGCAUCUGGGUGACCAAAAGCAUUUCGUGAUAACGAAGAGAGGGAGAGAGAGAGAAGGAGAUCACGGACACGUCUGCGCUGCUGACGACGGGAACUCGAUAUAACGGUGCCAGCUGCGAAGGGACUCGAGUCGACGGGAACUCCCGAGCUGAAACUCCAUUAUCCUUAAUUAUAAUCGCGUUUAAUCGCAAACUCAUCCCGGUCUCCCUCGCAUACGUGCCGCCCUCGCGCCUCGCUGAUCCUCCUUCGUCCUCGUCUACCUUGCGUCUCCUCUUUGCGUCCCGCGCAGCGGCCGCAGCCGGUUAUCAAUCCGGAAUCAGCGCGAGGGUGUUUCUCCACGACGGGGAUGAAGCUCCAGGACGGGCCUGGCGAAGAAGAUUAUCCGUUACCGCGCCGGCAGGGCGAGCGAGUAAGAGAGAGAGAGAGAGAGAGAAAGGGGGUUUGCGCUAUCCUUUCCUGCUCGUGGCACGUACAAAGUGGCCCGGGUGUGUAUAUCGACGGCGAGAGGCGGUUUAAGUGCCACGGGAGAGCGAGGGAGUGAGUGCCACCGGGAAAUAUCGACGUCGAGAGGCCCGCGUGCAGGUGUAUGAUUAAUGCCGCGGCGCCGCAACGAGCGAGCGAGCGAGCGAGCGCUGCAGAGAUAUCGCGUGCGGGAAUUGAUUCUAAUGAGAUCUCACGCGAGAGAACCAUCCGCCGGUGAUCAUUGCCACCGUGAAACGCGCUCUCUCGCUUUGAUCUCGCCCGGAGCCAACUUUGAUCAGACACUGCGUUAUUUACGUGAGAACGCCAGCAUACAGUCGCGGUUUUAGAAACUCGCGCGCUCGGCAGCCGGCUGGGUUGGUAUGUAGGCGAUGCGCACGAUGGCUUUCUGAAUGGAACGUCUAUUUCUUCAAGUUGUUCGAGCGGAUGAUCAAUUCUCUCGAUCCAGCGGGAUCAAAGCGGGGGAACUCGGAUGCGUCCUGCGCCCAUCCCCCCCUCUCGCGAUCGCUGCGCGAAUAUAUCCUAUUCUUCUCGCUUGAAUUCGUUCGGAAAAUAAUGGAUUGUAAAAAUCGCACAUGUCGGGGUGCUCGAAGGAACCGUGCAAAUCGUUCCCCGUUGUCCCUCUCCAAGAGAAAUCCCCCUCCGCUGUCAGUCGCGUCCAAGUCUCUUCCCGAUCCUUUCUCGCUCGAUUCUCAGUCUCCGGUUAACAGAGACGAGGAUCUUCACGCUCUCCUGAGAAUCUCGUUCACACGUCGCCUCCUUACCCUAGCGGUAGAUCACCCUCGCGUAGAUCUCGCGCGGAGGAGCAUCCGGGCCUUCGCGGACAGCAUCCUCUCGCGGAUUCUCUCGCGAGGUCAUUGCUCGGUCACGUAAAAAGACACGUACGUGGCUGUGGUCGGGACGCAGUGGCACCGUGGAGAAAGAUAAUCAAUCGGGACGCAGGGUAAACCGGUAUCUUAUCAAAGUUGGCCCAUCUUCGCGAAACUUACUCGCGUCCUCUCGUCUUCCAGGUCGUCGGAGGGUGACGAGUCGACGUGAGCGCGAGCGCGAACUUUCGCCCGCGAGAGGAGAGGCCAGGUGAUGUGCGAUGCGCGAGAGGCGCGUAAUAGAAAUCGAGGGGCAGAGAGAGGAAGAGAGAGACACGCAGUAAGAGUGAGACGACGUGUGUGUCUAUGUGCGUGUGUGUGUGUGUG